AUGGCGGCAAGAGGAGGCGGAGCACCAUGCGGAGCUUGCAAGUUUCUGGGAAGAAAGUGUGUAGAAGGUUGCGUAUUUGCCCCUUACUUUCAAACUGAGGAAUUGGGUGCAGCUCAUUUUGCUGCAAUACAUAAGAUCUUUGGUACAAGUAACUUCUCUAAGUUGUUGCACAGCAUUCCAUCGGAUCAAGAGCGAUUUGAUGCGGUUGUAAGCAUAUCUUACGAAGCCCAGGCUCGCCUUCAAGAUCCUGUUUAUGGCUGUGUUUCACACAUCUCUGCUCUUCAACAACAGGUUGCACAUUUGCAAGGAGAGCUGGCUUUCAUCAGGGGGCGUAUGACAACAUUUUGUUUUCCCCCGAUGAAAAGGGUUCAUCUUUCCCCAAGUACCAGAACGACCACCAUUACGAUCCCCUCGUUCCAGCCCAGCAAAUGA